AUGACUGUAUUCGAUGAGCUAGCCGAAACGGACGGGGACAAUAAAUUCAAGGCGUGGUUGUCAAAACAAGAGAUUGUCGCCUUUGUCUCUUCUCGACGACAAGGCAAGCCAGCGGGAGAGUUUGACGGCUACCUUAAAGGCUCGUUCAACCUUAGUCUCGUCGUCACAUUUAGCAAUAGAGGGCCGAAAGCCGUAAUUCGCUUCCCAAAACCAGGUCGCACCGCCACAGCUUUCCGGGAUGAAAAGGGGACCACCAAAGACAGUCCUCAGCAUCUUAGUCCAUUCAUUAUCAUGGACUAUGUUGAUGGUAUCUCGCUAGCGACUAUCUUAAAGCAGCCAACAGAGACCGAACAAGAUAAGGUGAUUCUCGCGACUGACACAAAACUAGAUUACGUUUACGAGCAACUUGCCAAUUACAUGUUACAACUCUCUCGACUGGAUUUUUCUACAAUUAGAGCAAUAUCAAAGAUCUUAAACUACCCUAUAAGCAGAUAUCCUACGGCCCUGUUCACGUCUGCAAGGGCUUUUCUUCACCCUCUCGCUAAUAAGUACCUUCUCUAUCUUCGAACCCAACGAAACAUUGCCAAUAACCGAGAAGACGCUAAGAAGCGGUUUAUCGCACGCCAUCGAUUCAAGCAGCUAAUCUCCCGCUACUGUCUCGAUAAUACUGGUUCUUUCAAGCUCUACUGUAACGACCUGCAACCGUUAAACAUGCUUGUGCACCCAGACACUCUCCGUAUCACAGCUGUACUAGACUUCGAAUUCACAAACACUAUGCUAGCGUAG